CCUUGACUGGAACGCAAGCGGCGCGCUCAGCAUCCCUGCGCAUGCUCAUUACUGAUCUCCCCCGAACACCUCACAACAUCCAUCGACUACAUGGAUGGCUCAACAUCCGUCAGAAUAGACCACAGCAAGCACUGUUGGAAAACCCCUACAUCAUCAUGGAUUGCGUUAAAUUGGACCUCUCUGAUAUAUUAGACACAAAUAAUAUCAUUAUAACGUAAAUGUUUGUCUUACAGCAGUCAAUUUCAGUUGCAAAAACAACAAUUUCGGUUUAUUUCGCGGUGUCCUGAUCUUAAUAAGCCGUUAGUUGUUUUGAUCCUGAUUCUCUAUAUAGAUAAUAGCGUUAUUUCAUUUAAUAUUAACUGAACGACCGGGAUAUUUCCAGCAAUGGCAGAUGCGGAGUUGCAAACCUUUACAUCCAUAAUGGACGCUCUCGUGCGCAUAAGCUCCAAUAUGAAGAGCAUAGAGAGAGAGCUGCACUGUCCAGUGUGUGAGGAGAUGGUGAAGCAGCCGAUAGUGUUGCCUUGUAUGCACAGCGUGUGCAUUCUGUGUGCGGCAGAAGUCUUGGUUCAGAGAGGAUACCCUCCACCCGAACUCCCACCAGAGCCCAACACCCCCACCUCAAGCCCCAUCACACGCUCUCCCCGACAAACACGCCGGCCUCCGCCCAAAACAGACCGCCUAGACCGGGUGAUCAGAACAGUGUGUGGGACACAUCCAGGACGCAGGCGUAAAGACACCCCGCCUGUGAUCAUGCUGUUCCCCUGUCCCACCUGCGGAAAAGACGUGGAGCUGGGAGAAAGAGGGCUCGCAGACUGUCUGAGAAACCUCACGCUGGAGCGCAUAGUGGAGAGGUACAGGCACACAGUGAGUCUCGGCAGCAUGGCAGUCAUGUGUCAGUUCUGCAAACCUCCUCAGGCUCUGGAGGCCACCAAAGGUUGCGCUGACUGCAGGUCCAACUUCUGUAAUGAGUGCUUCAAGCUGUACCACCCCUGGGGCACGCCGCGAGCUCAACACGAACACAUCCUGCCCACACACAGCUUCAGGCCCAAGGUGUUAGUGUGUGUGGAGCACGAGCAGGAAAGAUUGCAGUUUUACUGCAGGUCAUGCCAGCGUUUGUUAUGCCCACUUUGUAAACUCCGUCGAACCCACAGUGGACACAAGAUCAUACCUAUUGCGCUGGCUUACCAAACUCUAAAGGAGAAGAUCACCAAGGAGAUGAACUACAUCUUGGCCAAUCAGGAUUCUGUACAGGCACAGAUCACCCAAGUAGAGAGCGGCAUCGCUCAGACUGAGGUGAACAGCGCAGUGGCUAAGGAGCAGCUGAAUCAGUGUGUGAGUGAAUUGCGCGGCGUGCUGGCGGAGCGUCAGGGGGCCUUGGCCAUGUUGCUGGAGGGGUCUCGUUCGCAGCGGGCAGGGUCUCUAAACGCACAGCUCUCAGAAAAACAGAGUCUUUUGGAAAACGCAGGGCUGCUCACAUACACUCAAGAGCUGCUAAAGGAAACUGACCAGUCGUGCUUUGUGCAGGCCGCCAGAGUCACGCACAACAGACUGGUAAAAGCAAUAGAAAAUCUGCAGCAUUUCUCUCUAUCUGCUGAUCCCUCGUUCCGACACUUUCAGAUGGACGUCUCCAGAGAACUCAAAGCGCUCGGCAGCAUGGACUUCAUACAAGCUCCAUUGGCUCCUGUGAUUGACACUCAAAAGACCUUGGCCUAUGACCAGCUUUAUUUGUGCUGGCGCCUCCCACAGGACUCCGCCCCCGCCUGGCACUACUCGGUGGAGUAUCAGAGGAAAGUGGGCGGAGCUGGGGCAUUAUGGGGAAGGGUCUUGUCUGAAGGAAGCUCAGGAAGUAAUGGCACACACUGUUCAUGGCAGCGCCUGGAUGAUGUGGGUGGGACUAAUGCAGUGAUUGACAAGCUAGAGAUGGACAGUGUGUAUGUCCUGAGAGUUCGAGGCUGUAAUAAGGCCGGGUUUGGAGAGUACAGUGAGGAGGUGUAUCUACACACACCUCCUGCACCAGUGUUGUCGUUCUGCCUGGACUCACGCUGGGGCCUGCAUGCGGAGCGGGUGGCACUGGGAAAAGGGCAGACGUACGCCCGGAGUGUUCCUGGGAUGACUCUGUUGCAGGCUGCUGAUCGGGCUCUUACCUCAUGUCACCUCACCUCUGACCUCCUUGUGGCCGAUGUUUCCAUCACACAGGGACGACACUACUGGGCAUGCUCGGUGGAGCCUGGAUCCUACCUGGUUAAGGUGGGAGUGGGUGUUGAAGCAAAACUACAAGAGUGGUUCCAUCUUCCACAAGACAUGGCAAGUCCUCGGUACGAUCCAGACAGUGGUCAUGACAGUGGCGCAGAAGACGCCCAGGACUGUCCGCCUCCAUUCUGUUUCCUCACAAUGGGCAUGGGCAAGAUUUUACUACCCAAAUGUGGGGCGUCUAACACUUCUACCGGCCCCCUGACCGCCCCCUUACCACCUCGCCUCGGACUGUGUCUGGACUUCGAAAAGGGACGGCUCACUUUUUACGACGCGCACUCUUUGCGAGUGCUGUGGGAGGGGACUGUUGAUUGCUCCGCCCCUGUUUGCCCAGCGUUCUGUUUUAUUGGUGGUGGUGCUCUGCAGCUGCAAGAGCUGAUAGCCAAUCGCAGCACAGAGCAGAACCCACCAAGAAGAGUGACCAUCCAAACACGUGCCACCGACGCCGGUCACUAAAUCAUCCGAUCGCUUUGAAACUAGUCAAAUCAGCACCUUUAAGCAAAUCUUCUUUUAUCGUUUUCUAUCGACUUUGUUUACCUGCUUAUUUCGUAGAUGAUGCGAGAACUGAUGAUAUUUUAUAUUAAGAUUAAGAUUCAUUUAAUUUCAAAAGUGGCUAUGGAUGCUAACAACAUGUAGCAUGCUAACAAGUAGGCCAAUAUUAAAUAACAAGGAAUCGUUCGUUUUUACGGCCACAAAAUGAAAAAUUCAAAUCAGGUAUAAUUCAUGUUCACUCAUAACACCUUCAUUUUAAACAUUCGUAUGAAAACAAACGAUUCCUUGUUAUUUACAAACUCGUUUUUCCAGCAUCGUUAGCAUGCGAACCGCCCAAUAUGGGUGUGCUAAUAGAA